UUGUGGGGAGGGAAAAGAAAAGGUGAAAUAAUUACAAUCAACUUUCUAGCUAAUUCCCGCUGUGUUGGCAAAUGCUGAUUUUGAUUUUUUAAAAACCUAAUUUCAAUUCCUCUCUCUCUCUCUCUUCGAUGAUCUUCAACGCCUAAAUUUCAAGCUGGCGUUGAGAGAAUCAAGAUCCUGAUCUUCCCACCACGUACCGGCUGCUUCAAUUCCACUCAUCGACGUACUUUUUGCAGUCGAUUUUAUCCUAAUAAAUCCACCAACCAAAUCAUCUCUCUCAUGGCGAUAAUUUAUGCGCUGGUGGCAAGGGGAUCGGUGAUUUUGGCUGAAUUUUCCGCAACUCCCACGAAUGCUAGCUCGAUUUCUCGCCAAAUACUCGAUAAGAUUCCCGGAAACGAUGAUUCUCAUGUUUCCUACUCUCAGGAUCGAUAUAUCUUUCACGUCAAGCGUACCGAUGGCCUUACGGUGCUUUGUAUGGCCGAUGACACUGCCGGAAGGAGGAUUCCUUUUGCAUUCCUUGAAGAUAUUCAUCAGAGAUUUGUAAGGACAUAUGGCCGUGCAGUUCAUUCAGCCAAUGCUUACGGCAUGAACGAUGAAUUCUCAAGAGUUCUGAGUCAGCAAAUGGAAUACUACUCCAAUGACCCAAAUGCAGAUCGGAUCAACCGGCUGAAAGGUGAAAUGAGCCAGGUGCGAAAUGUCAUGAUAGAGAAUAUUGACAAAGUUUUAGAGAGAGGUGAUCGAUUGGAGCUGCUUGUGGAUAAAACUACUAAUAUGCAAGGAAACACCAUGCGAUUUAGAAAGCAGGCUCGACGUUUCAGAAACACUGUUUGGUGGAAAAAUGUUAAGCUUGUGGUAAUGCUGAUAAUCCUCCUCCUAGUGAUUGCUUACCUGGUUUUGGCUUUUGUUUGUCAUGGAGUGACAUUACCUACCUGCCUAUAAUGACAACAGCAAUUUGUCUUGGCCUUGUGAUAGUAUUUAUACUUAGUUUGGGUUUGCUCCCUCUCUUGUUUUGCAUUUGAGUUUCCACUGCUGUGUACUUUGCUCGUACACUAAUUUAUGCGAUUCUAUAAACUCAGCUUGUCUUUCUGCUCCCUGUAUUCCUCAUCAUAAUAGGGUGCUGAUGAUUUGGAUUACAUCUGUUCGUGUUUGUCUUCAGAAGCCAUGGCCUUGAUUGGACAUUGUAAGUAAAUUCCUUAAGAUGAAUUUGUAAUCUUUUUAUGCAGAGUGAAGCUUUAGCUUUGUUUGUCCACUGCAAUAUCUUUGAUUCUGAAGGUCUCCGUAUUUGAUUUCUUUCAAAAGCCAAGUGCUAUUUGGGCUUAUUUUUACAUUAGCAACUUUCACAAUGGAACUACUUUUAAUAUUCUUUAAAAAGAUAUAUGUUUAUAUAA